AAUGAGCCAAUCAAACAUCACAAUGUAAACAGAUCACAUUUCAAAAUCCCGCGCAAGCGUAUCGUUACUGUGACCCUUGACCCAUUUUGGCGGGAGAAAACUUUGCUACAAAAUACAUACGAACAGGAGAAAGAAAAAUGCGAAUUUUGACGUGGAAUAUUAAUGGUGUCAGAGCUACGAAGGCCCCACUAAAGCAGGUGCUUGAUUCUCUGGAUGCAGAUAUCGUGUGUCUACAAGAGACCAAAGUCACGCGAGACCAGUUGGACGAGGCAUCAGCCAUUGUGGAGGGAUACAGUUCUUACUUCUCCUUUUCUAGAGCUAGGAGUGGGUACUCAGGUGUUGCCACAUACUGUAAGGAUGGAGCCAUGCCUAUCAAGGCAGAGGAGGGACUGACAGGACUUCUGACCAAUCAGAGGGAAGCAGACAUCAUUGGUUACUAUGGAGACCAGACCAUGUUCACAGAGGAAGAACUUCGUUCAUUGGACAAGGAAGGGAGAGCUGUCAUAACCCAGCAUGCCAUAUGUGAAACUAAUGGCAAAGAGUGCCUCCUGGCAGUCAUCAACGUGUACUGUCCUCGAGCAGACCCUGAGAAGGAGGAGAGAAAGGACUUCAAGCUGAGGUUCUACAGGCUGUUACAGGCCAGGGCACAGGCUUUACUACAGGCUGGCAGCCAUGUGAUUGUCCUUGGAGAUGUCAACACCUCCCACAGACCUAUAGACCACUGUGAUCCUGAUGAUGACAUUGAGUACUUUUCAGAGAACCCAGGAAGGAAAUGGCUGGACCAGUUUCUGUUUGACCCUCAUCAGACUGAAGACAGUGGUGGCACACUCAACCCUAACAACCAAUCAGAUGCUUCAUCAGGUCAGCUUGACACCUCAUUGAACAGCGGCAUUCAAAAUGCCUCAGAGAAGGAACCAACAGGUGGGCACUUUGUGGACGCCUUCCGAUUUUUCCACCCAACCCAACGCAGUGCGUUCACCUGUUGGUCAACGGUGACUGGUGCCCGUCAGACCAACUAUGGCACACGUAUCGACUACAUCUUCGCAAAUAGGGACUUUCUCAACCAGUUCCAGGACUGUACCAUCAUGCCUGAGGUGGAGGGGUCAGACCACUGUCCUGUGAGGGGGGAGCUGGCAUGUACCGUUGUCCCUGCAGUGAAAUGUCCAGCCCUGUGCAGUAAAUACAUGCCAGAGUUUGCAGGAAAGCAGCAGAAGCUUUCAGUCUUCUUCACUAGAGUCAAGAAAGGAGAAGUGGGGGAAGAGAAAAGCAGUCAGGACAGUGUCUCUACCAGCCAGAGUAGCUAUGAUGGUCACUCUGAAUCUGAAACAUGUAGUCAGCAGUCAAGUUCACAGCUGUGGGAGAGCAACAGUAUCAAAAGUGAAGGUAGCAGCGUCAUGUCCACCACAAAACAAAGUCAAAGCAGGACCUCCAUGAAGAGGACUGCAUCAGACCCUGCAGGUAGAAAUGUGAAGAAACAAAAGACAGACCAAGGGAAGCAGGGGACUCUGCUGAGCUUCUUUGGCAAGAAAACCAAGGUCGAGACAGGUGACAGAAGAAAAGCCAACAUGUCAGACAUUCCAAAAGAAAACCCCGAAGCAGAUGUGAAAGAAGAUGCAGUCCAUGACAAUGCCAUCAGCAACCAGUCUGUCAAUUCUUCUAACACUACUGUAGACUCAGAUGACAGUAAGGCAAAAGGAAGCAAAGAUGCUGAGAAUGGCAAAAGCACUGCUGAGACAAAACCCAAGCAAAACCAAGCAGCAUUCUGGAAGACUGUCCUGAAAGGGCCGCCCCCUCCCCCGCCCUGCAAGGGACACAAAGAGCCUUGUGUGUUGAGGACUGUGAAGAAACAAGGCCCAAACUUUGGGAAACAGUUCUACGUGUGUGCCAGGCCACAGGGCCAUGCCUCUAACCCUGAGGCAAGGUGUGACCACUUCCAGUGGGUCAGUAGGGGGAAGGACAAGUUGUAGCCUUUUCUUUUUUUUUGUUGUUAUUUUUUUUUUUUGAAUGUCUGUGAAUCAGCUUCCAAAUGAUAUAAAGUUACAACAGGACUUGCUUGUUGAUAUGUGAUAGAAAAUUGUGCAAAAAAUCAAGACUGUUAAGUAGUGAUAUGAUGUAAAGAAAGAUGUUAAGUAUUUUGUUUCAAAUUGUAUUCAUCAAAAUAAAAGAGAGAAUGUUAUGUUUUAAAUAUAUGCAAAUGGCCACUAUUGUGUGCAGUAUGAUUUGAAGCAGAGUAUUCCACCAAAUAUAUUAAUAGAUGCAAGACAUUUCUAAUUGAUUUGCCUGGCAAUGUUGCAGAUG